GCGCAUGUGUGUUAUAUAGUUUUGUCUUUGAUCGCGCGAGUUGUGAGUCGCGAGUCGCGGGUAUAGAACCGAGUAUCGAGUAUCGUAUUAAUCAUCGUUAUCGGUGUAUCAAUACCUACAUACAUAUACAUCAGUAUAUAAUACUGACCAUUACACAUAUCAUAGUAUUCCUGCAUAAGUAUAUAUUUAUAUAUGUACAUUCUUAAAUAUAACACAUAUUUGUUGUCUGGCGUGUGACGAGUAACUCGUCAUUCGUCAUUACCCUCAGUUGUGCCGCACUCACUACAGGUCGUGUAGUUUAAGUUACUAAUACUUCUAUUAGUAUUACUAGUAAUUAAUUAAUUAAUUAAUUAAUUGAUUAAAAUUAUUGUUGUUUUUGAAUAUUCAAAUUUACUAAAACGGAGUAGUAAAAAAAAAAGAAUAGAAAAAUGUGUAAAUCAAAAUUAUAAAAUUGUAAAUUAGUUCAAUUUAAAUUUUCGAAAUUUAAAUUUAAAUAAAAGUGAAUUUGUGUUACAAUAAAAUGAUUGCCGCAAAUAAUGAUAACCGUGGAAGAAAUGGCCACGUGUUGGUAUGGGAACAACCGGGUCUUGAUGAAACGGAGCGACCGAAACAAAAACGAGCAUGGAUUGGAUCACGUCACAUAGUAACAUUUAUGCUUUUCUUGGGUAUGGCAAACGCAUAUGUAAUGAGAACAAACAUGUCCGUUGCCAUUGUCGCGAUGGUAAACCACACAGCAAGCGAACACGACAAAAAACAAGAAGCGAUGGUAAAUGAAUGUCCAGGAAAUGAUUACACAAAUUCAUCAGAUAAUCACGCUGCAGACGAUGGACCUUUUGAAUGGGAUUCAAAGCAGCAGGGAUAUUUGCUGAGCUCCUUCUUCUGGGGUUACGUUAUCACCCAAAUACCAUUUGGAAUUCUAGCAAAACGCUAUGGUUCAAAAUAUUUUCUUGGCGUAGGAAUGCUUAUAAAUUCGGUGUUCGCUUUCUUAGUCCCAAUUUCAGCAAAAUGGGGCUACGGUUGGCUUCUCGUUAUCCGAUUUGUCCAGGGCCUUGGAGAGGGUCCAAUUGUGCCAUGUACGCACGCAAUGCUGGCAAAGUGGAUACCACCAAAUGAGAGGAGCCGGAUGGGAGCUUUCGUUUAUGCUGGAGCACAGUUUGGAUCAAUUGUAUCGAUGCCACUGAGUGGUUUGUUGUCAAAAUACGGAUUCGCCGGUGGAUGGCCGUCGAUAUUUUAUGUUUUUGGUGCUGUUGGAACUAUAUGGUGUAUUGUUUUUCUUAUUUGGGUCUAUGAGGAUCCUGAACAGCAUCCGAAAAUUUCGGAAGAUGAGAAAAAAUAUAUUCUGAGCGCACUUUGGGGUACUGCUGGAUCAUCUUCCCCACCAGUGCCAUGGAAAGCAAUAUUGACUUCAUUGCCAUUUUGGGCCAUACUAAUAGCCCACAUAAGUCAAAACUAUGGAUACGAAACUUUUAUGACUCAAUUGCCCUCGUACAUGAAGCAAAUUUUACAUUUCGACAUUAAAACCAAUGGUUUAGUUUCCGCCCUACCGUACUUAGCGAUGUGGAUAUUUUCAAUGUUCAUAUCACAGAUCGCCGAUUGGAUGAUUGCCUCCGGUAGAUUUACUCAUACGUCGACGCGUAAAAUAAUAAACACAAUUGGUCAGUAUGGUCCAGCGAUAGCAUUUAUCAUAGCGUCAUAUACUGGGUGCGAUAAAACACUGACCGUUGCAUUAUUUACCAUCGGUAUUGGAUUAAACGGUGGUAUUUAUUCUGGAUUCAAAGUAAACCAUCUCGAUAUAUCACCGAGAUUCGCUGGAAUACUCAUGUCCUUCACAAACUGUCUUGCCAAUCUUGCCGGUCUUCUUGCGCCGGUCAUCGCUGGAUAUAUUAAUGUCGGAAAUCCUUCGCAAGCCAAAUGGCGGAUAGUUUUUAUAAUCUGCGGCGCCAUUUACAUAAUCGGAGCAACGUUUUACAUAAUAUUUGGAUCUGGUCAACGACAGCCAUGGGACAAUCCUGAGAAAGACGAAGAAAUUGAAAGAAAAAGAAGAAAACCAAAAGAUUUGGAAGCGGGAAAAGUAAUAAAUGAAACUCAACAUUGACUAAGUUAUUAACAAACGUUGUUACGUUAAAUUAAGAGUUUAAAAGAAUUAACUUUCAUAUAAAUAUAUAUAUUUAUAUAAAUUUAAAAAAAAAAACCAUUCAUUCCCUCCACAAUGAGAAAACAAAAAGGUCUUCUUCUUUUUUAAAUUUCGCGGUUUUUAAUAAAUAAAAUAAAAUAAGAAUCCAGUCAGGUAGUGUGCCUUGUGUUUAACGUGUAAAUGAUAAUUGUAUGCAAGAUUUAAUGUCAAUAAUAUAAAUAUAUAUAUAAAAUAUGUAUAUCAUAUAACAGACAGUAAUUUAGUACAGCAGUAACUUUUGUUUCUAUUCCGAUGUAAAUAUAAAUUAGAAACGAAUUGAAAUAACAGGUAAGAAUUAUAAAUAUAUAUGUAUGUAUAUUAGGGUGGUCGCUAAAAAAUUAAAUUUUCUCAGGCGCCUCAUUAAAAUCUUCUUUUUAGUGAAAAAAUGCCUGGGGAAUUUGGUUUUUUUUUUUUUUAGUAAAAAGAACACGUGCCGCAGGACGGUCAAAAUUUUGCGAUUGCGGUUUUUUUUAAAUAUCUCUUAAAAUAUGCAGAUUAAAGGAAAAAAUCAUAGGAACAAUUUUGUAGGAAAUCAAAUUCUCCACAAAAAAGGUCUUAUUCAUUUUUUUUAUAAAAUAUGUAUUUACGAAGAUAUUUAAAAAAAACAUAUGUAAUCCUUAAAACGCCCAAUUCAUAGAACCCAAAAAUGUUUUUUUUAAAUAUCUUCAUAAAUACGCAUUUUAUAAAAAAAACGAACAUGACCUUUUUUGUCAAGAAUUUAAUUUCCUACAAAAUUGUUCUUAUGAUUUUUUUCUUUAAUCUGCAUAUUUAAUGAGAUAUUUAAAAAAAACCGCGAUAGUAUCAAAAAUGAACUUUGAUUUUGCGGCACGUGUUCUUUUUACUUAAAAAAAAAAAAAAACAAAUUUCCCACGUAUUUUUUCACUUAAAAGAAGAUUCCUCAGACGCCCCAUAGAAAGCUUCUUUUAAGUGAAAAAAUACAUGGGGAAUUUAGUUUUUUCGUUUUAAGUAAAAAGAACACUCGCCGCAGGACGAUCAAAGUUCAUUUUUCCAUACGAUCGCGGCUUUUUUUAAAUAUCUCAUGAAAUAUGCAGAUUAAAGGAAAAAGUCAUAGAAACAAUUUUGUAGGAAAUUAAAUUCUUGACAAAAAAAGUCUUAUUCAUUUUUUUUAUAAAAUGUGUAUUUAUGAAGAUAUUUAAAAAAAACAUUUUUGGGAUCUAUGAAUUGGGCGUUUUAAGGGUUACAAAUGUUUUUUUAAAAUAUCUUCGUAAAUACACAUUUUAUAAAAAAAAUUAACAUGACCUUUUUUGUUAAGAAUUUAAUUUCCUACAAAAUUGUUCCUAUGAUUUUUUCCUUUAAUCUGCAUAUUUCAUGAGAUAUUGAAAAAAAACCGCGAAUGUAUCGCAAAAUUUGGACCGUACUAAGACACGUGUCCUUUUUAAUAAAAAAAAGACAAAUUUCCCGCGUAUUUUUUCACUACAAAGAAGCUUUCUAUGGGGCACCUGAGAAAAUUUAAUUUUUAACAACCACCCUAGGAUAUAUAGUAUAUAUAUAAAUUUUUUAAAUCAUAAACAAGUGUAUCUGCGGUCGUGUGUAUGUUAGUCGAUUUAAAAACUAAAUAUUUAACAAACUAAAUGUCAAUUUCAAUUGAAACUUCGUAACAAUUUAUUUAUUUAAAUUUAAUUCAAUAAUUUAAAUGUUGUAAUUUAAAAUAAAUUGUUGUAAUGAGGAUUGUCAUUGAAAUUUUAUAAAAUGUUAUCGACAUCAAGGCAGCAGUAUUAGAGUAGAACGCCGCACGUUCGCCACUUUGUUAUGUUAUUUUUUAUUAUCAUUGUUGUUAUUAUUAUUAAUAUUAUUAUUAUUAUUAUUAUUAUUAUUAUUAUUAUUCUUAAUUCAAUGCCAUUUUGUAUUGUAAUUUAAAAAAUAUAUGAUUUUUUCAAAAUUUA